GGGGGGUGGGGUACAAGCUCGGGGCCUUCUGUACCCUCAGCCGUUCACUCUGCUGCUAGCACAGCCCCAGGCCGAGCAUGGACAAGCUGCUGCUCUGUGUCUCUGUCCUUGCCAGCCUCCUGGGAGCCUUCGCUCAGACAGCAGACCUCAGUGGGAAGGUGUUUGUGUUCCCUCGAGAAUCUUCUACUGACUAUGUGACCUUGACUCCAAAACUGGAGACCCCUCUGCAGAACUUCACCUUGUGCUUCCGAGCCUACAGUGAUCUGCUCCGUGCCUACAGCCUCUUCUCCUACAAUGCCCAGGACAAGGACAAUGAGCUCCUGAUCUUCAAGAACGAAGUUGGGAGCUACUCCCUGUACAUCGGGAGAACCAAAGUCACCUUCAAAGUGAUCGAGAUGGUCCCCAGCCCUGUGCACAUCUGUACCAGCUGGGAGUCCUCAACCGGCAUUGCCGAGUUUUGGGUCAAUGGGAAGCCGCUGGUGAAAAAGGGCCUGAAGCAGGGUUAUGUGGUGGAAGGGUACCCCAAGAUAGUCCUGGGGCAGGAGCAGGAUUCCUACGGAGGGGGGUUUCAGAAGGCCCAGUCCUUCGUGGGGGAGAUCGGGGACCUGUACAUGUGGGACUCCGUGCUGUCCCCAGAGCAGAUCCUAAGCCUGCAGCAGGGCUCCUACCUCUAUGCCAACGUCCUGGACUGGCACGAGCUGACCUACGAGCUCAAAGGGUAUGUCAUUGUCAAGCCCCUGGUGUGGAGCUGAGCUUGAGGCAACAAGAACACUGCCGCGUGAGGAAUCCACUCAAGGCAACCACGCGGGGGAUCUUGAUACCGGCGGCUCCUGCUUUUUCCAAUUUCCUGUCUGCACGCUGCCCAGUUAAAAUAACAACAACAACAGUAUGUUGCA